ACUCUCACGGCCGCCAUGAUUCUUGUUUGCUUUCAGUGAGAAACAGCGGAUACAAAGUGGAGCAGAAACAAAGGAAACGCGCAGUCGGCUUCGUGAACUGGUAUGCUCUUACAGUAUUACAGGGAUGCCCAAGGAAAAAUAUGAUCCGCCAGACCCAAGGCGGAUGUACACUAUAAUGUCGAGUGAGGAGGCAGCUAGUGGGAAGAAGUCAUACUGGGCCGAACUGGAGAUCAGUGGCAAAGUGAGGAGCCUGAGCACAGCGUUGUGGUCUCUUACCCAUCUGACUGCUUUGCACAUCAGUGACAACUCCCUCUCACGCAUCCCUCCGGACAUUGCCAAACUACACAACCUGGUGUACUUGGACCUCUCAUCCAAUAAGAUCAGGAGCUUGCCUGCCGAGCUAGGCAACAUGGUAUCUCUCAGGGAACUGCUUUUAAAUAACAACCAGUUGCGAGUCCUGCCUUUUGAGCUUGGAAAAUUGUUUCAGUUACAAACCUUGGGUUUAAAAGGAAACCCACUUGCACAAGACAUCAUGAACCUCUACCAGGAACCCGAUGGAACGCGCCGGCUCCUGAACUACCUGCUGGACAAUCUUGCAGGCACCAAGCGCGUCUCCACAGAGCAGCCCCCUCCUCGCUCAUGGGUACAUCUCAAGGAUCCUGACAGGACACGACCAGCAGCAUUGUUCUCUGUGAUGUGCUACAACGUACUGUGCGAUAAGUACGCCACACGCCAGCUCUACGGUUACUGCCCGUCCUGGGCUCUCAACUGGGAGUACAGGAAAAAGUCCAUCAUGCAGGAGAUCCUCAGCUGCAGUGCAGAUAUCAUCAGCCUACAGGAAGUGGAGACGGAGCAGUACUACAACUUUUUCCUGGUGGAGCUCAAAGAGCACGGAUAUGAGGGUUUUUUCAGCCCCAAGUCUCGUGCCAGGACCAUGUCGGAGUCUGACCGCAAACACGUGGACGGCUGUGCCAUCUUCUAUAGGACCGAGAAGUUCAGCCUUGUGCAGAAACACACAGUGGAGUUUAACCAGCUGGCCAUGGCUAACUCAGAGGGCUCCGAGGUCAUGUUGAACAGGGUGAUGACCAAGGACAACAUUGGGGUCGCUGUGCUCCUGGAGCUGCGCAAAGAGAUGAUUGAGCAAUCUGCAGGGAAGCACUUGCCUAGUAUGGAGAAGCAGCUGCUGUUGAUGGCUAACGCUCACAUGCACUGGGACCCGGAGUACUCGGAUGUAAAGCUCGUCCAGACCAUGAUGUUCCUAUCAGAAGUGAAGAACAUCGUGGACAAGGCCACGCGCAGCCUCAAGCUCUCCUCUGUGUCCGGGGAGACCAAUGCCAUCCCUCUUGUCCUGUGCGCUGACCUCAACUCGCUGCCUGACUCGGGUGUGGUGGAGUACCUGAGCACAGGCGGCGUGGACAGCACCCAUAAGGACUUCAAGGAGCUGCGCUAUAUCGACUGCCUGACCAACUUUAACUGUAAUGGCAAGAACGGCACAUCCAGCAGCAGGAUCACGCACGGCUUCAAGCUAAAGAGUGCCUACGAGAACGGCCUGAUGCCUUAUACCAACUACACCUUUGACUUCAAGGGCGUGAUCGAUUACAUCUUCUACUCUCAGCCUCUGCUGAACGUGCUGGGCGUGCUCGGCCCACUGGACCCCCACUGGCUCCACGAGAACAAUGUCACUGGCUGCCCGCACCCACACAUCCCCUCCGAUCACUUCUCCCUGUUUGCACAACUCGAGCUGCUCCUGCCCCUCUCGUCUUUGGUCAACGGUCUCCACGUGCCUGGCUGCAGGUAGUUCUCCGAGCUCCGAGGCAGCUCCCGGCCCCGCCUCACACCUGACCCUCUGCAGGGAGAGAGUGAGCGAGAGCGAGGGAUGGAGAGAGGCAAAGCCUGUUGUGUACAAAUCUCAGUCCAGUAGGAGGAGUUGGGGUAUGGCUAAACUUUUAUUACCGAUGGAUUUUAACUGACGCAGACAUUUGUCAGUCUUAUCUGUACCACCUGUUUCUUUUUGUUGUCUUUUUUUUUUUUUUUUUUUUUUUUUUUUUGGUUCUCUUUUUCUGGGCACAAGUACAAUGUUAUCUACUUUUUCACACUGUAUCCCAAACCCAGAUGGUUCUGAGUAUACCUUGUAUAUUUUACCUGAAGACAAUGGUCGACGCUUUUAUAUAAAAAUAUGGCAAUACCUUUUCAGACACAAGCAGGGAGUCCAGACCAAGCAAGUUCAUCAGAUUUUCUAUUUUGGUCCAUGCCAAUUUUUUUCUGAGGCCAGUUCAGAGUGAGCAGCUAAAUUUAAUAGGAAUCGUUGAUCACACCAGCUUUAGAGCGACGAUCAUUUAGUCCAUUCUACCAUAAAUGCCCUUGUUAGCUAAAGGGCUUUUUAAAUGUGUGCAGAGAAUGAGAGCAGGUCACUCUCACUUGUGCAUUCACCAUGGUGCUGAGGCAUCUUCUGGUGCAGCAGCUGAGCGGUGUGUUUAAUUCACCAGCCUCAGAGACUCCACACGCCACCGGACUGCGUCCAUCUCGGUGCAAUCAGUUUAACGAACAGCUGCGCGAAGUCAGCCAUGCCCAGUGUUUUAAUCCUGUUUAAAGUGAUGUGGAAUUUCAAAGUGCAAGGCCUUGAUGUGUACAGCGAGAUUAUCAUUAAGUGUCAGAGAGAUUAGCAGGAGAAGGGAAACACACUGUGUUUUGGCGUGUACAGGUUGCGUUUGGGACGCACUCAUUACAGAAGCAGCUUAGACUAGCCACCCUCACACUGAGCAGUGCAUUGCUUUAUCUGACAAAUGAGCAUUUCUUUUAAUUCCACAUGAUUGUAUCGAAACCACAAAGUCCUAAUCGUUUAGUGUACAUAAAACAGAUUCAGAUUUGAACACGCACAUGAUUGUAUUGUAAAUGAAAGCUAAAUUUCUAUCCAUUUUUGAUGUAUUGAACAUGCAAAAUGACAGGCAUGUGGGCUAUACAAGAGCAAGAAACCAAUUUCCACCCUUUUUUUUUUUUUUUUUUGCGCUGUAUAAAUUUGCACGAUUUUUAUUCCCCCUGUCCCUGUGUUUUCUUUUUUUUUCUUCCCCUUUUUUUUCUUUUUUUUCUGUGCAACAUUGUGCCUCACUGCUCCUUUCCUGCAAGCGCACUGCCACUUCUCUCCUGGACAGCCUCGAGCAUUUCCUGUGCUACAGUGUUUGUUUUUUUUGGGUUUUUUUCCCUCUCGUAAAUAUAGCUGUUGUCUUUCACUGAUUGGCACCAUGCUUCCCCUCUUGCCCAUUUUUCAUCAGACUUACUGUGCAAUGUCUGUAGACUAAUCCCCCAUUCACAGUUUACUGCCACUUCUCCUGCUCAACUCAGGCGAUGAUUUAUUAUUUUUUUUUUCCCCUUCUUUUCUUUCUCUCCUCUUCCUCCCCUCCUCUUAUUUUCAGUUCCCCCAGCUCUUGUGUCCAGUUAGGUCUUGAACUUCCCUCACUACUGCUAGACCACAGCUGUCUGCUCUCUUUUGUUGUGCCAUCUGAUGCAUUUUGCUGCAAAGCCAAGUGUAAAGCUCUUCUUCAGCUACUACUGUAAAAUGAAAAUGGCGGCGACGUCGUUCGUGCUGCGUCUGCUCUCGGCCAGAGCUAUGUGUACGUAGUGUGGUCCAGUCUUGUUGGUUUCUAUUAAGCAUCAACCCAUGAUUAAUGUCACUGAUAUGUGCUCACAAGGCCAAUCUUUCUUUCUUUUUUUUUUUUUUUUUGGAUAAAUGUUUUCUUCCUUCUUAAGUUUGUCAUGUUUUAAAAACGGAAUGGAUUGACAAGCACUUAUUGUGUAUCACUAGUGCAGCUACCCAUUUUUUCUCCUUCUGUUUUUUACGAAAAGAUACUUUUGCCCCGAGGCAGAAGUCAGUUUUAAUGACUUUUACUGAGCAGUGGUUAAGGCAUUACAAGACAAACCACCCGUCUCACUGCCAGUGUCUGUUUUAAUUUCUUCUUUCUCAGUCUCUUUCACCCCUCCUUCUUUGGGUUGUUUUUUUAAUCAAAAGCAACUUGUCUGGAUAUUAUAUUGGAUUGCUGAUGGUGUUGUAGCUAAAAAGAGGAUUUUUUUUUUUUUUUUUUUUGUAAAGUGUGAAUAAAUUAUGUAUCAAGUUUCCUUUCUUUGACAUGAAUUGUGUUGUAUGUAUCAUGAUAUCUAUUAGUUGUUUUUUGUCGUUCUUUUUUCAUUUUGCUCAUGUUUGCUUUUUUGUAAUACUCAAAACCAAAUUUUUUGUAAAGAUGUUGGCACACUGAAUUAUAGAUUUGUAUGGUUGCUAACUUUCACUUCAAGAUACUUUUAAGGAAAAAAAAACUUCAGUGAAAUCUAGAGAAAAGUCACAGAGAAAUAAAGAGCUGUCAUUUGUCACCAAACGCGAUUUCUUAAAGCUUUAUGUGACAUUUCACCUGGUUUGGAAAGCAUAUAUUCGAUUAGUUUUGGAAGCGUAGAUGCAGCACUGCCCUUGUUUCCUGUCGUUUUUUCCUGUUUUCCUUGUCUUUGGUAAUUUCACAAGCUCUCACUGGAGGAAAGGUGUUAAGGUUAGAAUGUAGGAGGCAGUGCAGAGACAUGUCUGGCCUCCUGAAUUCUCACACACUCUCACACACACACACACACACACACACACUGCUGGUUGUCCUCCUUGUGCUCUCUUCCGUACUUUUCAACUCAUGAAAAGCCAGUCACUUCUGAUACGUGUGCAUGUUUAGUUACAUUGGCUACCAUCAUAGCUGUUUGGGGAUUUUUUUUAUUAUUAUUAUUAUUAUUAUUAUUAUUUUUAUAUAUAUAUAUAUAUAAACACCGCUUGUGAACAACAUCAUGACUCGGCAUCAUUCUAUCAAGUCUCCUUACUCGAAUCCUGGCAAUAAUACUUUCCCCUAAUGCAGUUUUUUUUUUAAUUUAUUUAUUUUUAUUAUUAUUAUUUUUUUUUUUUACUUUAAAAAAACACCCUUUCAAAUCGCCUUCUCAGAAAUGUCUGGCUUUACCAUACUUUUUGCUGUUUGUCUUUCCCCUCUCUUUUUCUUUGCCCCUCUCUUUUUCUUGCUCUCGUCAGUAGGGUUAGUCAUGCAAUGGUAAGGAUUGUGAUUGAGCUGGAAGUCAAUAAGUAUUUAGGAAAUGUCACUAUAUGAUGCACUGGACCAACUCUUGUUUACCAUUUAUGGAAUACCAGCAAAACACUUGCACAAUGUUUUAAAAAGAAUGUUAAAUAUAUAAAUAUAUAUGAAGAAAUAUAGAUAUGAAAAAAUAAUGGCAGCUGUUUUUAUUCUAAUAUUAGGAAGUGUUUAAAAAAACCUAAUGGUAAACAAGGCGUUUUGGGUUUUUUUUUUUUCUCCUCUUCCCGUUCUCUUGGUUCUUCUCUUCUGAGUAGUGGUGUGUUUAUAACAGGGUCAGCUUGUUUCCUCUACACCUCUGUAUUUUUUCCUACCCAUGGUCAAAUAAAUUCUACAUCUGUUUCAAA